GAGAGGGACAGAGACAUUGUGUGUGAGUGUGUGAGAGAGAGGAUGAGUACGAGUGAGUGAGAGUGAGGCUGAACAAUGAGACGGAGAGACAUCUUUAGCAGCAGGAGACGCAGAAGAAGGCGAAAAGAAGAAGGCGCCUCCAACUCAUCUAUGACUUUAGUGGUGGUUUGGUCCAGUCCAGUUUGUUUUGACUCGCUCUCUGGGCCGCACAUUAGCUCCUCAACUUCGACUGAGACUUCAAUAGAAAGUGCAGUCGAAUCCAAUCACAAUGGCAAAAUUGAGGAUAUCCUUGUUUCUGACACUGAUCGUGCUGUCAUCGAGCGCUUUGGGCAUUUCGUUCAGCGAGAUCGGAGACCCGAGCCAGGGCUACUAUGGCGGUCAGACCAACCCCAACUCAGUGGUCCCCCUGGCAGUGCUGGCCAACAGCCCCUACUCUGUGGCGCGGUCCUCGGUCGAUGUGCCUCUCUACAUCGUGCCCCAGUCCAUGCUGCAGAUGAUCACCGAUCCUCACAUCAAGGCGAUUUCGCCCACCCAACCUCUAGUCACCUGUCAGACGCCUCAGUAUAUCAUGGAUGCAACUCCAGCCGUGAAAGUAAUCCUGAAGAAGCCGAUGUACAUAGAGACACCAGCUUCGACUGUGCCUUUCCCUUCGUACAUGUCGAUUCUGCACGAGGGACUCCGAAUGAACUUCCCCGUCGGCAUGGUCAUCGCGCCUGUGCCCGAGUACGGCCUCUCUGGACCCCAUCUCAUCAGAGUUGUCUACGCUGUACCAACCAGUCCACUGCCUCUUCGAUAUCCUUACUAUGAGCCAUACGUCUACAGACAACCAGAAGUACCAGUGGUACCAAUUGCACCGCUACACCGUCCCCCGCCACCAACCUACCAGGCCUACCAACCAGCCGCCUACCAACCAGCACCCUACCAACCAGCCGCCUACCAGCCAACCUACCCGCAGCACCUACCAGCCACCAAUUACGUGAGCGACGCCAAGGAGCAACCCAACGUCAUCACCGUCCUCCAGUUCCCGUCAGCUGUUGCCACACCCCAGGCGCUCUACUACCAAAGACCCAUCGACGCCGAGAACGAGUUGGGCAACCGGGGGCCACCCGAGGCCUUGGCUCCGGCGGGCAUUGUUCAGUCCACCGCGCCCCACGCAAACCUCCAGGCCUUCCUCAACUCGAAAGAAUCGCCCAUCCUGCAAUCUCUGCGUGACGAAGCCCAACAGAACAAGAACAAGAAUGCGCCAUCUGGGGUUGAGUCGUUAUAGAACGGAUUUCAUCCAAAGUGAUCGUCUAUUGAAAAGAAGGACAAUUCUGUGGGGAAGAUUAUCGAGGAGAUAAACAACUAACCAGUGAGAACUUAUUACUGAUCCAAAUGAAAAUAUUUUUUAUUCUAUUGAGGAGACAAAAACUAACCAAUGACUUAUAAUUGCCGAUUUUGUGAGAGACAGUUUCAAAAAGGUACUUUCUAUAUAAAAAUUUGAAACACUAAUAAUGAAGGUUUCAUAAGAAUGAAAUACGGUUGUCAAUACUAAUCAUAUAAAUUGCCGAUUUUGUUAGAGACAGUUUAUUUUAAAAAAGGUACUUUCAAUUAAUAAGAGAUGGUGAAUCAACCAGUAUAAAAAGUUUCAUGGAAAUGAAAUUAUUUGAUAGACUACUAUUAUACUUGUUGGUUUUGUGAAGUACCUUGAAAAAAUGUACCUACUUUCUUCGAUUCGAGCCAGUAGGUUUCUAAAAAUUGAAAAAAGGUCAAUAGAACAUUGGUUGGAAGAAUACAAGUACUUCUUAUAAAUCUGUAAAACUGUAUUCAAAGACGACCCCUGGUGAGAGUGGCUCUAUAGCCCUAGUAUUGCGAUCGCAUCUGGUCAAUAUGCCUGAAGAGGAUAGUCGUCCGCUGAGGGGACGUUUGGGUCCACUGGAGCAUUGCUCCUUCCUCGGCAGAGGGCUAAUUAGUGGACCCAUAUGUCCCCCAAGCGGACGACAAAUUCUAUUCAAGACAUAUUGACCACAUACGUCUAGCCUGUUUUAAAUCAUUUUAGGGAUUUCAAGUAAUGUACCGUGUAAUGAAAUGAGUUUAGGCUAUAAAAUUAAAAGUAUUAUAUAUUAUCAAAAAAUCUAAGACGAAGUUGCUCAAGGUUUUUAGAAUGGUAUUGAUAUUUUCCAACCCAGAAUAUUUGGAAAAUUCAGUUGACUUUAAUCUAUUCUGCAAUCUUUGAAGAAUGUGAAAAACUGUAAUCAGUUAAUUUUUUAUCGAAAAUAUGGUUUAUUGCCAGUAAGUAGUGCAGUUACCACUUUGAUAAAGACAAAUAUGAUUGCUACUUCUGCCACUAAUACUGCCAUAUUAUUAUGGGGCACUUGUAACAUUUUUUGAAUGUAUUGUUUUGUAUAAUUAAAAUGAUAUUAUCACAAGAA